GUUGAACGUGCACAACGAGCUCUAUUCGCUCAGCCCGGUACGCGCUGACAGCCAAAAGAUGCUUCUGUCGCCACAAAAGAAGCCCCGGUCAAUAUCCAAAGUGCCUUAUCGAGUGCUGGACGCCCCGGAGCUCGCUGACGAUUUCUACCUUAAUCUGGUUGACUGGGGCUCUCAGGAUGUCUUGGGAGUCGGUUUAGGGUCCUGUGUGUACUUGUGGGACGCUUCCAGCGGGUCUGUGAACCGGUUGUGCGAUUUGGGCUCCAACGACACUAUAACAAGCUUAUCGUGGAUCGGAGCCGGCACACAUCUGGCGAUCGGAACCAGUUCAGGAUUGGUGGAGAUUUGGGACGCCACGAUGGGCAGAUGCACGCGUACAAUGACAGGUCAUUCGUCACGGGCAUCUUCGUUGGCAUGGAACCAACAUAUACUGACUUCUGGAUCAAGAGAUAGAUCCAUUCUGCACCGAGACGUGCGAGAUCCGUCACACUAUAUCAAGCGACUCGAAAGACACAAACAGGAGGUGUGUGGGCUGAGAUGGAACAUCGAAGAAAACAAGCUUGCCUCGGGAGGCAACGAUAACAAGCUUUUGGUUUGGGAAGGCCUGAACGAAGAGCCGCUUUUUAGAUUUACCGAGCACCAGGCCGCGGUCAAGGCGAUCGCGUGGUCACCGCACCAGCGUGGAAUUCUCGCUUCCGGUGGAGGAACUGCAGAUCGAAGAAUCAAGAUCUGGAAUACCAUCACAGGACUGAAAAUCAACGAUGUCGAUACAGGAUCGCAGGUCUGCAAUUUGGCAUGGUCAAAGAACUCAAACGAGAUUGUUUCCACGCACGGCUACUCCAGAAAUCAGAUCGUGAUUUGGAAAUAUAAUACGAUGCAGCAGAUCGCGUCUUUGACAGGACAUACCUACAGAGUUUUGUAUCUGGCCAUGUCUCCAGAUGGCCAGACCAUUGUCACCGGCGCUGGGGAUGAGACUCUGAGAUUUUGGAAUGUGUUUGAGAAAAAUAAAAAUGACACGGGUCCUCCAUCCGUUCUUCUCGACGCCUUCAUGCAACUCAGAUGAUCUCUACAGUCCAUCUAUAGAUUCAUACGAUUAUAUUUAUCUUCCACACCUCA